ACUUGGUUUUCCAUGUGACACGCUUGUUUGAUAUAGUCUUAUCCCUUUGUUUUCAAGCAAGUAGGUGAUUCGUCAACUCGCAUAUUUUUCACGUGUGUUAAAUUAAAUCUAACCGUGUCACUUCGUUUUUUCUACUAUUGUUGGGUUGCAUAGGGUUGCUGGUGAAGAUAUAGACUGAGUUUUAUAGAUGACACGCACCAGUUUUCCUAUUUCGAACCGGCAAUUUCAGAUCGAAUUUCCUCCACUCAUUUUUGGACAAUUUUUGAUUACAUAUAGAUCUCAUGAUGUGCUUUACGUUGAUAAGACUAUAUAGGCUAUAGCUGAAGUUUAAACGAUUACUUUUGUGUGUGAUGAUGGAGGUGUUUUAAGCUUUUAUUGGACUUAAAGUGUACAAUUUUACAGAUUCUCGAAAUUAUAUACAUGUGUAUCACUAUGUAUAUUAAUUGUUUUAAUUUCAGAUAAUUUUCCAUACAUAUGGAAAGAAGAAACAUAUGAUAGUGGGUGAAAAAACACCCUCAUAUAUAAUGCUUCAUGAAUAUGCAAAACCAUGCCAACAGUUAGUCUACAGACUCCAGAUGGAAAGAGAUGGAGAAAGAAUUUCUAAAGGGGUAUUCAAGGACCCAUCCUCCUCCACACUAAUUCAUAUUGGAAGGAAUUGACAUCCAACUUGAAUAAAGAAUUACAGACUUCCAGAACAGAUCCUUUUAAAAAGGAGAGGCCAGAUCUUCAGAUGACUUUAUUGAAAAUGAGAAAUUUCUGAGUGGAAGUGACGAAUGUGGCAUGCAUACAAGCAGACAUCAGCAUUCCCUCCCUCUUGUUUGUAUCAGAGGUGAGCUUUUUGAGAAAGACUCAUGGAGGAAGUUUGAGAGUGUCAGUUCUCAUAUCAAAAAGUUAGCUAGCAGUAGGAGGAGUAACAAUUCAUUCCACAUUAUGACAUGAGAAAUACGUGACUAGAAAGACCUUAAAAAGGAGAUUUGGCAUUGUUUCAUGUGGAGAUUAAAGAACCUUCAAAAUAUAUAACACAGACAUGUUUCAGUUACUUGGGGAUAACACUUAUGAGGAAUUUUGCUAACUUUCAGAUUGGAAUGUGUUGCACAAGAAAUGCUUGAUCACAACCCUCUUCUGUUAAAAACCUUUUCUAUGCAAAUAAUUAGUGUAAAUGAAAUUUAGCUAUUUCAUUAGUAAACAUGUUUUCUGCGCAAGUGUGUGUCUUUGACAUUAAAUGCUAUGAUAUUGUCGUAUUCUUAAACAAUGGAAGAUCUCUACUAGUUCUUUCAAAGGAAAGCCAACAACAGGAAUCGAACCUGUUCCUCCAUCGUACAGAUACGAAAGUGUGCACCAUUACACCAUGUUGGCAUACAUUAAGAACUGGUAGCCUUGGAGAGUAAAUAUUGCAUUAUUCUGUACAGUUGAUACUGGUUUGUGUGAUAUAUGUAUAUAUAUAUAUAUAUAUAUAUAUACAAGUAUAUAUAAUGUAUGCCUCAUGUUUGGUAGUCAUCAAUAAAGCAUUUGAAUUGAAUAUAUUCCUUGUUCAAGAAGAAAGUCUAAUAUUCUGAAAUUUAAAUAAAUCUAGCAUUUCUGUAUGUGAAAUACCUUUAAAACUAGUUCAAAGAAAUGUCUUUGUAACCCAGUGAUUAUCUGGGUCAGAAUAGGUCCUCUGUACCUGAUUGCAUAUUGUGAGAAAAGAGUGAUCAUUGAAUAAGAUUAUAAACUGAAAUCUUGUUUCACAAGUGUGACACAAUUAAUUAAGAACGAUCUGACCCUUACUGCUGAAAAGACCAAAGUAUCAAGUAUAGGUCUAAAUACAAGCAAUUGAUGGUGACCCUUGAAUAUGAAUGAAUUUUAAGAAAUAGAGAAACAAAUAAUGACUAACUUACAUAUUAAAAACUGAACUAGCAUAAGAUUGCAACAUAAUAGGUCCUGAAAAUCAUUGGAUGGAAGUUCUUGGGUCCAUAUGAGUGAAAUAUUCUCGAGAGGGACGUUAAACAAUAUACAGUCAAUCAAUCAUAAGGCCAAAUUAAAACUUUAUUGUCCAUUUUCACAUUGUAUGUGUUUACACAAUUAGUGCAUGUAGGUGUAACUUCUAUCUUUCUAGGAUAAAAUGUUAUGCCUUGCUUAAUAUCAAUUAUUUACAACAUGUAAGGGAGACUCAUAAACAGCUAGCAGUUGCAAUAAUAUUUAUACUGCUUUACAAGGAUAACCAGUCAAAAUGAGUGGAGGAAAUUCGAUCUGAAAUUGCCGGUUCGAAAUAGGAAAACUGGUGCGUGUCAUCUAUAAAACUCAGUCUAUAUCUUCACCAGCAACUCUAUGCAACCCAACAAUAGUAGAAAAAACGAAGUGACACGGUUAGAUUUAAUUUAACACACGUGAAAAAUAUGCGAGUUGACGAAUCACCUACUUACUUGAAAACAAAGGGAUAAGACUAUAUCAAACAAGCGUGUCACAUGGAAAACCAAGUAUUAUAUAUUUCCUAAGGUCUGUCUCUGGCAAUUAAUGACAUAAAAUCGAAAGUGACACAGCUAAUUAAGCCAUGAUACGCUCAUUUACGUACAUUCCCAUUACUUACCAGUGAGUCCGCCAUAUUGGAUUUUGAUCAGUGGAAGAAUCCAUUCGACAGUGAGUGCCUGGCCUUCGUGCUUGCACAUCGGAAGGCCUCGGGAACCAGGCUAGAUAAGCUCCCUGCAGGUGCGCGCUUAGCAACCAAUCACGGAAAAGGUUAGAAAACUGGGGAAGUGGCAGUGGACGUAAAUAUGUCGCAAAGAAUGAUGCUUGGACCUAUUCACACGUAGCAAGAGUAACACGUUCUGAUUGAGAUGGGGAGUCGAUCAGGAUUCAAGUCCAGUGGAAUCAGCAUGGCUGAUGAAUUUGAUGCCUCUGGGUGGGCCCAGAUCCACCAAGCUGCCAACAGGGGCUACCUAAAGUCCAUCCAGUUUUUUGUCAAAGAUGACCCCACCCUGUUGGAGCUGGAGACCACAGAUGGCAAAAAUCUCACACCAUUUUUGUGUGCAGUGGACGGGGGGAAAAUCGAUGCUGUUCAUCAGAUGAUAGAGCUGGGCUCCAAGAUUGAUACCAUCAAUUCUGAGAAUCAUGGGGCAGUGGAAAUGUGUGCUAUGAAGGGCUUCAUUGAUCUGCUAAAUUAUUUUAUUGAGAAAGAAUUUGAGAAAAUUCCAGUAUGGAAGAAUUUGUUGAGAUUUGUUACAUCUGAGAGUGAUGAGGAAGCAGAGGCUGCUGGGAGAUCUCUGCGAACUUUGACCCAAGGUAGUCAAGCAGAUGGUAUCAAUCCAAACUGGAAGCCUUUCUACGAUCAUGGUGGAAUUCCUGUUAUCAUUAAGGUUGCCAAGUCUACCAUUGGAGAGGAAGCUAAAAUCCCAUCAUUCCAGACUCUAUUGAACAUCAUAGAGAAGGAUGAAAUAAAAGAGCAAGUUUUAAGUUCUGGGGGAAUUCCCACCUUCAUCAGACUUCUGAAGUCCACCAACCAUCAUCUAAUUCAGCUCUCAGCAGAAAUCCUCAAGGAAAUGGCAACAGUAAAAGACUAUGCUGAGGCUGAGUCCCAGAAUAAUGGAAUACCAAGCUUGAUCAAGGUGAUGCAGACAAUUCAUAAUCCGGAGGUGCUGGUCCAAGUGAUAGACUGCCUGGGAAACAUUGCAGAGCAUGAGAAGAGAUAUCAAGACUUGGUGGGGCAACAACAGGGAUGUGUGCAGAUCCUAGUCCAGCUGCUGGAGGACCAGAAAGACAAGGACUUCCUAAACUCAGCCUGUCGAACUGUUGGUAAGAUCUGCUACAAUCACGAGGUCAACCAGAAUAGCUUUGUGGACUCAGGCGUGAUCCCUCAUGUUCUAGCAGUGACACGGCUUCGAAACAAGGACAUUCAAGUGACGGCUGUCGAGUGUAUUCGUAAAAUGGCAGCAAGCAAUCCAUACUCACAAAAACAAAUGUUAUCUGACCAAGUGCAAGAACUUCUUUUGAAGCUGCUUGGCACCACUCGAGCAGAAGUUGUGAAGGAAAAGACAGCAUUAGCCUUGUGGGCCAUUGCAGGGAGAGAGUUUGAUGUGAAAAGGUUCAUAUCAGAACGCAUGGGUGUAGGAACUCUAGUAGAAUUUAUUAACAGUUUGUCGGAGGACUUGAAUUUUAUUGGCUCAGAAGGACUUGGGGUUCUAGCUCAGGGCCCAUUGAGCUACCAGUCUGAUAUUGCCAAUGCUAAUGGUAUAGCACCGUUGGGUAGGCUGAUACGGUCAGAGAAAGAGUACAUUGUGUUAAGUGUGAUACGUGCCAUCAGAUUCUUGUGUCUUGGAGUGGGGUAUGUGCCACAUAAGAAGAAUCAAAAUACCAUCAUGACCAUUCGAGGAAUUAAGCUGAUUGUGGCCCUGAUGGUGCAUUCUAGAAACCAGAUGAUCCAAGUGGAGUCGGCCCUGACAUUAGCAUGCGUUUCACUUGGUAACCAGUCUAUAUUAGAUGACAUACACUCCAACAUUGACUUUAGCUAUGUCAGAAUUCUGAAGAUGAUGUACUCCAUGGACCCGGAUGUUCGUCUCCUCGCCGGGCUGGCGCUGGCCACAUUUGCCUACAAUAAUGUGAACCAGCAGAAGGAGAUUGCGGAUCAGGGUGGUGUCCGAUUUAACUGCUUCUGUCCAUUCCUACAGUCUCCGGAUGAAUAUUACAGGUGCUUGGCAGCUUUCCAGGUGGUGGUCUUGGCCAGAAUUAUACCUGAUGAGGAGCAGGCUUUAUCGUCUGCGGCAGGAAUCAAGCUCCUGGUGGACCUUCUCCAGGAUUCCUCUUCCAGUGAAACCCUCUCUCUGGCUGCUGACUGCAUUGCUAGACUCGCUCACACCAGGGCAGGAGUGCCAGCUGCCAUGAUAUCCAUUCAUGCGAUAGAGCAUCUGUGUAAACUGCUAGUAUCUUCCGCGGAACAAGUCCGAGGGUCAGCUGCUAUUGCCCUUGGGUACCUCUCCUACAAUCAUACUGGUGAAAGACAGCUGCUCAACAAAUGCCGUACUGAUCCAUACCUGAUGAGGAUACUGCUGCAUUAUACCAAGAAGAGCAAGAUGAGUCCUGCCUUUCUAGAGGCGUGGCAACACUACAAGAAAGUGGGACUACCUCCAAUACCUGAGGGAAGAACAAACUUAAUAGGAAAUCGUCCAAUGGGGAUUGAUGAUAAUCGCCCCGUUACAUUUAUCAGUAUCGAGGGAGAGAGUAAUACAAGAAGUUCCACAUCAAACAUUGGGGGUGAGGAUGGCCGAAUCACGGGGAGGUCCUCCCGAGCCUCAGGUUCACGACAGGCAACCACGCCCAGACAGUCGGGGACACCACUAAAUUCUGGGACACCUCUCAAUGCCAGUCAGAUUUCUUUGGAUUCCCAGCAUUCCUCACGUUCUCUACUUCCUGUAGCAGCAGAAGCAGAAAGUUAAUACUGUGUGUCUGAUGUAGGGCACUCUUAAUUGUUGUCAGUAUAACGUUACCUCGGGAGGCAACAAGUCUUUCACUAGUCAUUGUGUUUAAUCAUUUGAUAAUAGAACAAUUGUACAUAUUCUUUUUUAAAUCUCAAUUCAUCUUCAUUAACUUUUGUGUUUAUAUGUGUUUUGGACGUACUAGCUGUGUGCACAUGACAUGUAACAUAUUACUUAUGUUCGUCUUUUUUCACAAUCUCUGAUGCUAUUCCCUGUGUUUAUAAUCUCUAAGCAAUAUUUAGUUAUUUACCUGUGUGAUUUUUUUUUAACUUCCUGGUGGAUCUUCUCACUGAAGUAGUGCCUCGAUAUUUCUCGUCUAUGACCGAAUUUUAAAUGAGUGCAAUGUAAAGCAGCGUAUUAUCUUUUUAUCAUAUUUAAUAGCAUUUAAUAAUGAUAUUAUCUAUAGGAACUAUAUUGCCAGUAAAUAAUUCUUGAGUUAUUAGCAAGGGCAGAUCCAGGAAUUUUUGAAAGGGGGUUAAUUUUGGUUUUCAAAAGGGGAGUUCCACCCUCAAACUGUGUUAUUUUUUACUGUUUUUAACAAAAUUUUCUGACGAAAGGAGGGUUCAAACCCCUGGAACCCCCCCCCCCCCCCCCCCCCCUCUGAGCCGCCACUGACUAGUAUUUGAUAUUUGAUUUUCCCCUAUAACUAUUAGAAUUUUCUACAGUCUUACUCUGUACUCAUGGUUGUGGUGAUUUGUUAUGGUUGAGUGAAUGUAGUGCUGGUGGCUGCAGUAGUACUAGUAGUGUUUGUUAGUUUUACAUGUAUAUUUAUUGUCAUACAUGGUAUGACAUCUACAAGCAGAUCUGUGAUAAAUUCCUAUAACUAUGUUUGGUUUGAGGUUGGUAUUAAGAUUAAUACUUGUUUGUUUGAUUUGAGAAUGCAAUAUUUAAUGCAUUAUGUUUAUUUCAUCUAAUACAUGCUAUCAAUACACCUUAUCUAACAUACAAACUUGACAAAGUUUAUUUCUAUAAAUCCAAUAUUAAAUCAUGAUAUUUUUGUCACCAAUUUUUUUCACCUCCAGAUUCAUUUGACAUUUUUUAAAUGUGAUUACAUUGAAAAACAUUUUUUUAAGAUAAAAUUUAAUAGAUAGAUGCUAAUUUGCUCUGUCCUGUGCAUUUCAUAGUGUGCCAAAUGACGACAGCUAAAUGUGCAAACGCUGUUCUAUUUCGGAAAUGAGUCUUUGCAUUAGAAAUAGUGUCACGCAUGACUGAAUCAUUUCAGAUUAUUUUUGUACACGUUUUCAAAUCUGUUUUAUUGUGUGAUGGGUAUCUGUGUUGAUCGUAUAUGUCGUGAACAUUUUGUGUCCAAAUUACGUCCACAGUUCAAAGCUGCACCACACAAUUUUUAUUUUUUGUACAACUUGCUCAGGAUUUGCCAUUAUGUGAUUUUGAAUAUAAAUCUUGGAUCUACUGACAUGAAUAAUACUUAGUUAAAAACACUAUCAAAAACAAACAUUUAACAUUUCGAAACAACAGGUACAUGUACUUUAAAUGUCAUACAUUUGGACUGUACUGUCACUUGUGAAUGCUUUACAUGUUUACCAUAAUAAAAAUCUUAAUAUUCUGGAAA